AUGACCCAGACUGAGUGGAAGCCUCGUACCCAGGGCAUCCUAGAGAUACUUCCUGAAGAAAUUAGCGACUUUGAGACGCAGGUGGCUCGCUUCCGAGCGGGUGAGUGGUCGGAAAACGACUUUAUGGCGUUCCGACUGCGGCAGGGCGUCUAUGGACAGCGCCAGAUGGACGCCCAGAUGUUUCGCAUCAAGUGCCCGUUUGGUGGGCUGAACGCCGACCAGAUGGACGCCCUUGGUGUGCUCGCCGAUGAAUACGCUCCUCUCAAGAAGGGGCAUGUUACCACGCGCGAGAACUUCCAGUUCCACCACAUCAGGCUCGAAGACGGGCCGGCGAUUAUGCGGCUCCUAGGCGAUGUUGGGCUUAGCACUCGCGAAGCAUGCGGCAACACCGUGCGCAAUGUUACGGGCUGCGCCAUCGCGGGCGUCUGCGCCAACGAGCCGUUCGACGUCACGCCCUACGCGGCAGCCUAUGCGCGCUACUUCGUGCGCCAUCCGUUCAGCCAGGCCCUGCCGCGCAAGGUCAAGAGCGCGUUCUCCGGCUGCGACAACGACUGCGCCAUCACGCCCAUCCACGAUGUCGGCUUCCUUCCGCGUAUUCAGGAUGGCAAAAAGGGCUUCAAGAUGGUGGUCGGCGGCGGCACUUCGAUUAUGCCGCGCAUCGCGCCCACGCUGUACGAAUUCAUACCUGUCGAAGAGUACCUAAAGGCUACAGAGGCGCUUCUCCGCAUCUUCCAUCGGACAAACGAACUGCGCCGCAAUCGCAUGAAGGCGCGCAUCAAGUUCUACAUCGCCCGAAUCGGCAUCGACGAGUUCAAGAAGGAGCUCGAAGAGGAAAUCCAGCAGCCUUGGGCGCAGCGCUCAUUCGACCCCACCGACCUCAUGUUCGUCGAGGACGAGUCCGUUGACGCGCCGCCGCUCGACGGCAACUACGCCGCUUUCGGCAGCGAUCCCGAGUUCGAGCACUGGAUGAACAGCAAUGUGGAGUCGCAGCGGCAAGACGGCUACAAAGCCGUCACGGUUCGGCUGCCUCUCGGCGACAUCGACGGCAGGCAAUUCCACCAGCUCGCCGACAUGUCGCGCAAAUACGCCGGCGGUCGGGCGCGCAUCACGCACCAGCAGAACCUCACAUUCCGCUGGGUGCCUGAGAACGCUCUGUACGAAGUCUGGCAGCGACUGAGCGACAUCGGCUUCGGCGGCGCGGGCGCGCACGAGAUUACGGACAUCGUGUCCUGCCCCGGCACCGACAGCUGCAAGCUCGGCAUUACCUCCUCGAUGGGUCUUGGAAGGGCGCUUACCGAUGCCGUGGAGCAUGUGGACAAGUCAGACCCGCUGGUGCGCCAGAUGCAUGUCAAGAUGAGCGGCUGCCCCAACGGCUGCGGCCAGCAUCACAUCGCGGACAUCGGCUUCCACGGCGCGGCAGCAAAGGGACCGGGAGGGCAGGUGCCCGCCUACGAACUGUUCCUCGGCGGAAGCUACUCUCAGGACGACCCGCGCUUCGGACAGCGCAUCAAGGCGAAGAUUCCCGCCAAGCGCGCGCCUGAAGCUCUUAAGAGGAUUGUCUCCGACUAUCAGGACAGCCACGGCGACGGCGAGUUGUUCAAGGACUACGUGCUGCGCCAGGGCAAAGACUACUUCGAGACGAUGUUGGGCGAUUUCAGGGAAUUGCCCGACCUCAACAGGGAGACGCUUGAGCAGUAUAUAGACUGGGACAAGACGGUCAAGUAUGUGCUGGAGCGCGGCGAAGGCGAGUGCGCGGUCUAA